UCAAACCACACCACUCUACUAAAGGAACUCCCCUCUACCCCAAUACUAUCCUCAUCGCCCUCAAAAUGCCAACCACCACCUCCACCACCCCCCUAACCUUUUACGACAUCGCCACGCGCCCCCCCGCCCAAGAAAACAGCUGCUCCCCCAACCCCACGAAAACGCGCCUGGCCCUGAACUUCAAAUCCCUCCCCUACAACACCACCUGGGUGCCCCUGCCGGACGUCUCCGCCGUGCGCCAAAGCCUGCACCUCCCCGCAUGCCGCCAAUUCGCCGACGGCAGCGACUUCUACACGCUCCCGAUCCUGCACGACCCCAACACCAACACUUUAGUGGGAGACAGCUUCGACAUCGCCAUCCACCUGCAAAAUACCUACCCAUCCAGCGGCCACGGGGACCUCUUCCCCCCGCAACCGCUGAACUACACCUUCCCGCAAGACCCGCCGCCCAUCGUGCCCCUCUCGGCCACGCGAGACACAAGCGCCAACCCGGCCCUGCUCGAACCGUACGCGCGGUUCAACGUGCACGUCGACGCCGCGUUCACGGCGCACACCCCGCUGACCGUACAGGGGUUCCCGUUUGACCCUGCCACCGAGGAGACCGUGAAGGCGGAGUUUGUGCGGCGGGCGCAGCUCGCUGGGGCGCCAGUCCAAAACUGGGCGGAUUUUAAGUGUGAGGGGGAGUAUCGGAAGUCAUUGCUGGAGUCGUUUGAGAAGACGUUGGGGGGGUUGGCGGAGGCUUUUGCGAGAGAUGGUGGGCCGUUUGUUUUGGGAGAGAGGGUGAGUUAUGCGGAUUUUAUUGUUGGCGGGUGGUUGAGGAUGUUUCGGGUGAUGUUGCCGCUGGAGGAGUGGGAGAUGGUCAGUGGGUGGCAUGGGGGUGUGUUUGGGAGGUUGUAUGCGGCUUUGGAGGUGUUUGCGGAGGUGAAAUAGAUUCUGUUGUUGUUUGGUGCUUCACAUUGCGGGAUGUGAAGGCAUAUACUGGUGGAGACUGAAGUAUUGGUGUAGUUCGUCGUGAUUCUUGAACAGAAAGGGUUGGGUCUGGAGAUUGACUUGAUGGUUGACUUACGCAGAAAUAUAGUACUGUACAUUGUAGCAGCUAACCGAAUGAUAAUUUUUGUCCAGCCUGCUGAACGCGAC